CCCCAUUCACCACUUCCAAAACGCCCCUAGACCGAGAGCCCACCCGCACUCUCCGACCUCGGCUUCUGCGAUACAGCUUCUCCUCCAUCCCUCUUCUCUUCCUUCUCUCUUUUGUUGGCUGCUUUCUCCUGAGGAAUCCGAAGAAUCCCACCCGAAUUCAAGCAGGAAGUAGAUUUCGUGGAAUCUUGUGAUAUAUGAGUACAUCGUCGGAGGAAGCCUCGGAGAUCAGUGACUCCGAGCUCGAUGAAUACGAGGAGGAUUAUUACAUAGUAUUGAAGACCGGCAACCACAGGGUAAAGAAUCCUGAUGGCACCUUCCGGUGCCCCUUCUGUGCCGGGAAGAAGAAGCAGGAGUACCUCUACAAGGACCUCCUCCAGCACGCCACUGGAGUUGGCGCCUCUAACAGCCGGCGAGCAAAGGAGAAGGCCACCCACCGGGCCUUCGCUAGAUUCCUCAAGACUGACCUCGCCGACGCCGCGGGGUCCUCCCAGCUAUCGCCUGUUGAGCAAGAACAGCACGCUCCCAAGCCAUGCGAUGAUGAAUUGUUCGUCUGGCCUUGGAUGGGGCUUCUCAUCAAUGUCCCCGUGGAAGAAGGUGGGUUUAAGCUCGGAGAAAAGAUCUCAGAUUUUAAUCCCGUUGAUGUCAUUCCUUUAGGGGAGGGGAUCUGCCAGAGUGAGAGGGGAGCUGCGGUUGUGAGGUUUAACAAGGAUUGGAGUGGGUUCAAGGAUGCCAUGGCUUUCGAGAACCACUUCAAAGCAAAUCAUCGUGGAAAGAAGGAUUGGAAUGAGAGCGUUGGAGAUGGCUCUGGGAUGUUUUAUGGGUGGAUUGCGCGGGAUGAUGACUAUAACUCCAAGGACAUUGUCGGGCAUCAUCUUCAGAGGCAUGGGGAACUGAGGACAAUUUCGGAUGUUGCUAAGGAGGAGUCCAAGGAGACUGGCAAGAUUGUGGCGAUUCUUGCCAAUCAAAUUGAGGUCAAAAACAAAUACUUGCAGGACUUGGAGUUUCGGUACAAUGUGACCGCUCUGUCACUAAAUCGAAUAAUGGAGGAGAAAGAUAAGCUUCACCAGGCCUACAAUGAAGAAAUGAGGAAUAUGCAGCGUAUGGCACGUGAGAAUGCUCACAGGAUUUUUGAGGAGAAUCAAAAAUUGAGGUCAGAAUUGGACAUGAAGAGGAAAGAACUUGAUUUGCGAUGCAAAGAACUUGAUAAGUUGGAGGUCCAGAAUGACAGCGAGAAAAAGAAACUUGAUAACGAGAAGCAAAAGACUGCACUGGAAAAUAGCUCGCUAGAAUUGGCAUCUAUUGAGCAAAAGAAAGCCGAUGAGGAUGUUUUGAGACUGGUCGAAGAUCAGAAGAGGGAAAAGGAGGCAGCUCUUGCUAAAAUACUUCAGUUAGAGAAGCAACUAGACCAAAAGCAAAAACUGCAGCUGGAAAUAGAACAGCUGAAAGGGACCUUACGUGUGAUGGAACAUUUGAAAGGAGAGGAUGAUACAGAUAUGGAGAAGAAGAUGGAAGAGUUGACGGAAAAACUGGAAGAAGAAAGGAGUAUUCUAGAAUCCUUAAAUGCAACUCUUAUAAGCAAGGAGCGCAAGAGCAACGAUGAGUUGCAAGAAGCACGUAAAGAAUUGAUUAUGGGUUUGGAUGAUUUGUUGAGCGCUCGUGCACUGAUUGGAAUCAAAAGAAUGGGUGAACUCGAUGAAAAGCCUUUCCAAAAUGCUUGCAGGAAAAGAUAUAAAGCUGAAGAUGCAGAUACCAAAGCCGCAGAAUUGUGUAGUAGCUGGCAAGAGGAGCUAAAGAUACCAUCAUGGCAUCCGUAUAAGAUUGUUAAUGAUGAUGAAGGGGCUCGGGAAAUUAUAGAUGAGGAUGAUGAAAAGUUGAAAAAUCUAUGGAUUGAGCUAGGGGAUGAUGUGUACAAUGCUGUGAAAAUAGCUUUAAUGGAGAUAAAUGAUUACAAUCCCAGUGGAAGGUAUGUAAUACCAGAGCUUUGGAAUUUUAAGGAAGGGCGCAAAGCUACAAUGAAGGAGGUCAUCCAGUACAUAUUUAAGCAGUGGAAGAAUAAUAAGCGCAAAAGAUGAGAUAUAAAAGGAGACCAUCGAGGAUGUGAAGCGGGGAAAGCUUUUUGUUCAUCGACUGAACCAUAUCAGCGGUGCCAGAGACACAACAAUGGUGAGGUUUUGGAAGCUGUUCCAACUUCGAAUAUCUGGGGAAGUUAUUCAGGUAGACCUUUUUUGUUCCAUGGUGUUGUAAUGCUAAACGAGAGAAACAUAAAGACGUCAAUUUGGUGGAUGCUAUUAGAUGUACCAGGAGUAUUGCUAAUAUACAUUAUCUAUCGUAGAUUCUCUACGAUCACUUUCACCAUACCUCCAUAUGAUAGUGAUCA